AUGGAGCAAGCCAAGUUUUUGGCAGCAGGUCCUUGCAAGGAUGCCGCACGUGUGCUUGAAGAUGAAUUGAAACAAAACCGUGAUCUGCUACCACAUACAAUUACAUACGAAGGCAAGCAAGUGCCAAUGACGAUGGAUCGACUUUCGAGAGAGUAUCCCAACAUUAGCAACAACUAUUUAUUGGACCUAUUGGGUCGAUUCUUGAGCCAUUUCAAAGAAACAGGAGAUCCAACCAUACUUCGAGUCAGUGCUCUACGACAUGGCGAUAAAUCACUGCUGACCAUGCUAUCCGCCUUUGUGCCUCAUGAAGAAGUGGAACGAUGCAAUUACUUGACAAUGACACCAUCGCAGUUGGAUAAGCUCUCUAUUCAUCGCAUGCUGAUUGCAAGAGAGAUGGGAGCCAGAGUGUUGAAAAAGAAUGAAAUGCCUACAUCUUUAUCUACAUUUUACAGAGAACGUGUAACUAUAUCAGGUCACCGUAAUCCAGUGUAUUCAGUCGUAUUCGACAAGACCAACCGCAGAUUAUUCACUGGAAGUGAUGAUUUCCUCGUUAAAGUGUGGUGCGUUCGAACAGGCUAUUUGAUCCACACCAUUCGAGGCCACCAAAACGUCAUUACAGAUAUCGCUAUCAACCAGGAAAACACCUUGAUCGCCACAGCUUCCACAGACGGGUGCGUGCGGGUAUGGACCAUGGAUGAAUACAAGCCCAUCAUGUGUUUACGACCCAACUCGACCGCCAUCAAGCCCUUCACCACUGUCAAAUUCUCGCCUUCGCCAAGAGCAGAGACCCGCUAUUUAAUGGCUACCAACGAGGAUGGAUUUGUGAGAUUAUGGAGAUGGGACCGUGACACAUUGCAGUUCUUUGAUGUGGAUUCCCCAAUUACAUUCAGCUGUCGAUUUCGAGCAAAAGAUAGAUUGAGAUGUUCGUCGUUUGAUUACACUGGCACAAAAUUCACGGUGGCUGGUGAUGAUGGAUUUGUGUAUGUAUUUUCAACGGUGCAGGUACAGACAACACAUGAAGGUGUUGCAUCUCAAGGCAGUGGUGGGCAUGCGGAUGUGUCAAGCCAGGACAGGCCGGCAUCUGGUGCUAGAGGAAGAAGGAAGGUAGCCAACGCUCUGUUCCCUGACAAGAACAGUCAUCUACAGCCUCAAGCUGUUGUGCCUAUUGGCACUUUGGAGGGCCAUAUGGGCAGUGUCACUGAUCUGGCGUACAGCCAUGAUGGUCAGCGUAUUCUCAGUGGAUGUCAAGAUGGUACAGCUCGUAUUUGGAGGUUUGAUAAGGAAUACAAGCAGUGGAGCUCGAUUACAUUGAGCUUAAAGGAGCCUGUUAGUGCUGAUGCCGACACUGUCAAACCCUCGACACCAGCAUCCACCGUUAUGAGCAGAUCCACAUCCAUGAACCAGAGCACAUUAAACGAUAUCGCAUCCACAUCACAACCUACAGAGGAAUUUGGAACACUCAUGCCUUCAUUUGACAAUGACGACAAUCUCCAUACAACGCAGCCCACUGACAUGGACCUAGACGUACCUGAAAAUCCAGCAGCAUUCGUAGAUCCACCCAAAGUAUCGAUGAUUGCAUGGAGCGCAGAUGAUAGAUGGUGCUUUGUAGCAUCCAAUUAUGGUGAAAUACGAGUGUACUAUGCUUCCAGUGGCGAGAUUGCGUGCGUAUUAAAGGGACAUGAGGGCGAAAUCUAUGCUCUAGACAACCAUCCUCUAGACUCCAGCACAAUUCUCUCUGCUGGCUACGACGGCAAUGUGAUCUUGUGGGAUGUGCAAAAAAAAAAGGUGAUUAACUGCACCAAGCACCGAGGAAGAACAUUCACAGACUGCAAGUUCUCCAAAGACGGUAUGAAGUACGCCAUUACAGAUGAAGAAGGACACUGUACACUGUUUGGUAUCGGUGGACUGGACAAGGACUAUGAACAAGUGAGAAGUUGGGAGAGAGGACAGUAUUUUAUGUCGGAUUAUCAAGCACUGCGCCAUUUUGCAGAUGGCUCCUUUGUGGACGAACCUACACAGCAAUUACCUUACGCUAUGCCAUUCUCACCCAUCAUUGACCUUCAAGGCGUAGCCUACCCCAAUCAAAAGAAACUAGGCUAUGGUCGCAACAUUCCUACUACGCCAGAGACCUUUGAGUUGGAGGACAUCAAACGCUCAGCUUGUUAUGACCAGGAAGAAGAAGAGAUUCGUGCCCUGAAGUGUAUCACUUUGCCUGCGCUGGACCGUGCUACAGUUGCCAAGAGAAGACGUGAAUUUGUUCGAUUCGAGGAUGACGAAGAAGGUGAUCUUGCGACUGCAGGCAACAUUCAGUUCCAAUUUCCUCCCCCUGUACUGCCUGCCUUGUUGCCAGAUGAUUCAGCAGACGAAGACUACCACGAUGAUGAAGCUGGAAACGCGGGCUAUGCAUCCAGUGCCAAUAGCAGUGAUGAUGAGCGAGGAUCAGAUGAAUUCGUCACGCAAGACAAUGAUAUAGUGUUCAACAGUGAAGAUGAGAACGAUGAAGAAGGGCCAGUAACUCGGAGUCGCGCUGGACAGAUACCUAUUAGAACACCUCGCACCACAGCAUCUAGCAGCAGUACCUUGCGACAUACUAGCACAGCCCGCAGACGAGGUCGUGGUCGUGGAGGAGGUAUGGGUCGAGGUAGAGGCAGAGGCAGAGGUGGAUCUCGUGCUACUCGCAAGCGCAACCGUGAUGCAUCGGAUGAGGAAGAAGAUCAACCUGUGCGUGCCAGAACCAGACGAAGAGUGACAGAGAGACCCUCGUACGCUGAAAGUGAUUUCGAGAGUGAAGAAGACGAAUUUGUCAAUGUAGACAAUGAUGCCAGUGAUGCCCAAGAUAGCGAUCAUUCAGAAGCAGGACCUUCGAAUAGAGCAGCAAAUCACACUAUAGACAUGGGUGCCAUGGCUUCUACAUCUACGACAUCAGGUCGACCAGAACACUCUGAGCCGGAAGAUCGCAAAGGAAAGCGAAAGCUUCGUUCUGCUGCUGCUACCACCACACAUGCCAGCGAUGAUGAAUUCAGUGAAACGCCCUAUCAACUGCGACAAUACCAGCAAUACACUCACCAAGCAGGAGGCACAAGCAGUAGUGGAUUAUCGCAAAACAUGGCCUCCAGGUCGACGUCCACGGGCCGUGCUACAAGAAGCCGUGCUCAUCUCCCCGAAACACCAGCCAUACCAACACCCAGCGAUUCACACAAACCUACUCCUGCUGCAGCAGCAGCGCCGUCUACCACUACCAAAGCCAGCAACAAGCGCUCAGCCAAGGUUCGUGAUGGACCCCGCGAACUCACAGAAGACGAGAUCAAAGAGCAUGAGCCCAUUCCAUGGAUCACAAACACAGAGCGCAGUUUGGCCAAAUACUUGCCUCAAGUGGGAGACACCGUGGCUAUUCUGACAGAAGGGCACAAGCAAUACCUCAAGAAAUCUCAAAUGCGCCAUUUGUUUGACGAAAAGCAUGGUGUCAUUGACAAGCACGAACCUGUGUUGUUUGCUCGCGUCAACAGCAUCAGCUGGCUGGUUGGGCCGCCUGCUUAUUGUAAGCUGAAAUUGCACAUGCUGGAACUCCACAACCUGCCGCAAGUGAUACAAGGACGAGAAGAACCCCUGUGGUCGUCCAUGCAGCAAGACCACAUUAUUGAAUACACCGACGAAGAUGACAGCCCUGAAUUCAUUGUGCUCUGGGAACGCUUCUUGGCUUCCAUGAACGUCUUUUUAACACUGGAUGUGGGCCAGAAAGUGGAUGCUAUCUAUGAUGAGGGCCAAUAUACCGGUACAGUAUCUAGUGUCAAUAACCAAGGUCAAAUCUGGAAGCAAGCCAAUUUGCCUAGUCCCUGGGCCUUUUAUCAUGUCCUUUGGGAUGAUGCUUCUUCAAACGCCGAGGAUUUAUCGCCAUGGGAACUGGUGCCGACAGGCGAAGAUUUCCGUACACGCUAUGAUGUGGGGUCCACUCUGACACCAGCACAGAUCAAGCGAGCCAAGGAUACCAUUGCAUGGCUUGCUAAUGUGGACGACUUUUAUCUAUACGUGCAUCAAGUCAACUACUAUGACUAUCCACCUUAUUUAUCCGUGGUUGCUUACCCCAUUUGUCUGGAUACUGUAGUGGAAAGAUUGGACAAUGGAUUUUAUCGCACGGUAGAUGGAUUGAUUGAUGAUGUGGAGCUGAUAAAGAAGAAUGCCAUGAAAUACAAUGCUGAGUCAUCUCCUGCUCACAAGAAUGCUAUUCGUUUAGCACACUUCUUUAAAACACGUAUUCAGAAACCCUCCAUGCCGUUGGCAUUAUCAAGAGGCGGUGGCAAGAAAAAGGUAAUUGUCGAGGAGUCUGAUGAUGAAUACGACAAUGAUGUGGAAGAGCAAAAGUACGAGUCAGAAGAAGAGCCGAGAAUAUCUAGAAAAGAUCGCCAUUUCUCGGACGAAGAAGACGAUUUUGUGGAUGAGGACGACGAUGAGGACGAUUAUUAUUGA